UCUCCUUGUUUAGUGCUCCAGUGUCAGGAGAGCUCUGACAAGAACUGCAAAUGGGCAGCUCUGAGCCCACUCCUGGGCUCUAAGCCCACCUUCUGCAUUGCAUCUCCCCUACCUCAGCACUGUGGCUAAAGGUUGAUGCCAGGAUUCCUACUUCCCAGAGAUGGAAGAACCUGAGGAACACAGAACAAUGCUUUGGGGGGUUACAAAACUGGAUUCUGAGCACAAAAUAGUAGUUGUGCACCAGGCAGAAAACUAUUCCAGUGAGAGUCUUAUACUGGGAGAUGGUAGGGGUCAAGGCACAGGGAGACCACUUCCCUCUGCCUGCCUCAUGCCUUUCACCACCCACCUCCCAUAAACAUCCUUAAGACUCCCUUGCAUGGGUCAGAGAUGGCUGGAGGAGCUCAGCAUCAGCUAGCCUACCACUUGGAUCUACUGAAAAAGGAGGAGUUGACAGAGUUCCAGCUUCGGCUGCCCAACAAUGCACUCUCUAAGAGCUCUUCCAGUGCCAUGCCAGCUCAGCCAGAGAAGUCGAAUGGCAUGGAGGUGGCCUCGUGCCUGGUGGCUCAGUAUGGGUAUCAGCAGGCCUGGGACGUGGCGCUCCAAACAUUGGAGAAGAUGGGCCUGAGGAUGCCGCGUGCCCAGGUCCAGACAGAGGAAGCCUUGAUGUCAAGUCUCUCUCCACUCAUUGCUUCCCCAAGCAUACCCAGCACAGUGUCCCCCAGCUGGCCCACCUCCACAGCAGUGCUGAACUCUGGGAGCCUUGAGUCCCUGGGACACCAACAGGACUCAGACAGAAUUUUGACAAGGCUGCCUGGUGUGUCUGGAAACAGCUGGAAGAAAGGAGGCAGAAAAAGAUCCAAGAAUCAGAAGACACAGAAGACCUGCCCCACACAUUCCUGGAAAAAUGAGUAUUUGCAACAAAAAUUCACACAGUUGCUACUCCUACAAAAACCUCUUCCCAGAGGCCUGGAGCCCCAGAUCUGGGAAAGCUGCCAUCAGGAUGAAGUGCAGGAACGUGGACAUCUGAUUGAGAUCCAAGACAUGUUUGACCCCAGCCCUGGUACCCAGGAAGAACCUCAGAUAGUCGUACUGCAUGGGACUGCUGGAAUUGGGAAGUCAACACUGGCCAGGCAGGUGAGGGGAGCCUGGGAGGAAGGCCAGCUGUACAGGGACCGCUUCCAGCAUGUCUUCUACUUCAGCUGCAGAGAGCUGGAUCGGUGUGGGGUGUUGAGUCUGGCUGAGCUCAUUGCAAAAGACUGGGCAGCCCCUGAAGCUCCCAUUGGCCAGAUCCUGUCUCAGUCCAAGCAGCUGCUCUUCAUCCUGGAUGAUGUGGAUGAGUUAAAAUGCGUCUUGAAGGAGACGUCUGAGUUCUGUCUGCACUGGAGCCAGCCACAGCCAGUGCACACACUGUUGAGCAGUUUACUGUGGAAAUCCUUGCUCCCUGAGGCUUCAUUGAUGAUCAUAGCUCGGACCACAGCACUGAAGAAGCUCAUUCCUUUGAAGAAGCCACGUUGGGUGGAAGUCCUGGGCUUCUCUGAGUCCAGCAGGAAGGAAUAUUUCUACAAAUAUUUCCCAGAGGAAGGCCAAGCAAGUAGAGCCUUUAGCUUGGUUGAAUCAAACCCAGCACUCCUGACCCUGGGUCUCGUGCCCUGGGUGUCCUGGCUGAUCUGUGCUUGUCUGAAGCAGCAGAUGGAGCGGGGACAAGAGCUCCUGCCUACCUUUCAGACCACCACGGCCCUCUGUCUGCACUACUUUGCACAAGCUCUCCCAGCUAAACUCCUGAAGACCCAGCUCAGGGUUAUCUGCUCUCUGGCUGCUAAGGCCAUCAGGAGAAAAAAGACCCUAUUUAGAGAAGGUGGCCUCAGGAAGCACAGGUUAGACAGAGCCAUUAAAACCAUUUUCUUGAAGAUGGGCAUUCUUCAAAAGCACUGCGACUCUUCUAGUUACUGCUUUACUGACCCCUGUUUCCAGGAGUUCUUUGCUGCAAUGUUCUGUGUAUUGGGGGAUAAGGAGGAAAAAAGUGAACAUCCUAGCCUUUACAAAGGUGUGGAAAAGUUGCAAAAAGUGCUCAGAAAGAAUGGUCUGCUGGGAACACUUACGAGACGCUUCUUAUUUGGACUUUUAAGUGAGCAGGGGAUGAGAGCCAUGGAUAACAUCUUCACCUGCCAGCUGCUUCCAGAGAGGAAAUCAGAGCUGCUACAGUGGGCACAAGCAGAAGCUUUGCUCCUGCUGCCAUAUUCUCUGGAGUGGUUCCACUGUCUGUAUGAGAUUCAGGAUGAGGAGUUCGUGGCCCAGGCUAUGGUACAUUUCCGAGGAACAAAGAUAUUUGUCCAGACAGACGUGGAGCUCCUGGUGGUCACUUUCUGCAUUAAAUUCUGCAGCCAUGUGAAGAGGCUUCAACUGAAUAAGGGUGAACAGCAGGGACAAGCUGCUACCCCUGGGGUAGUUCUGUCCACAUGGGCUCCAAUCACCAGUGCCUCUUGGCAGGUUCUCUUCUCCACUCUCAGGGACAGCAGAAGGCUGAAGGAGCUGGACCUAAGUGGAAAUCUGCUGAGUUGUUCUUCAGUGCGGAGUCUUUGUGAGACACUGAGACACCCAAGCUGCCAUCUGGAGACCUUGCAGCUAGUGGGCUGUGGCCUCACACCAAGCUGCUGCCAGGACCUGGCCUCUGUGCUCAGUGUCAGCCCCAGACUGACUGAGCUUGACUUACAGCAGAACGACCUGGGCGACCAUGGCGUGAGGCUGCUCUAUGGAGGACUCAGGCAUCCCACCUGCCACCUCAAGUUCCUGUGGCUGGACCAGGCUCCUCUGAGUAAGCAGGUGAGAGAGGAGCUGAAGGCCUUGGAGGAAGAGAGACCUCAGCUGCUUAUCUCCAGCAGACGGAAGCCAGGUGUGAUGAUCCAGACUGAAGGCCCAGAAGGAGGAGAGAUGGAUAAGAUCAGGACCUCACUCAAAUGGCAGAGACAACAUUCAGAAGGAAAUGCCCCACAAGCAUCACAGGUGGAACCUCUCCAUGUGUCUUCUCCUUCCUGUCUGGGCAACCUGUACAUGGAGCCUCUGGGGACCGAAGAUGACUUCUGGGGCCCCAAGGGCCCUGUGGCUACUGAGACUGCUGACAAAGAGAGGAGCCUUUGCCGAGUUCACUUCCCUGAGGCCGGCUCCUACCACUGUCCCAACAUGGGUCUCAGCUUUGUGGUGAGAAGGGCAGUGACCAUUGAGAUAGAAUUCUGUGCCUGGGACCCUUUCUUGAGCAGAAAUGUCAUACAGCACAGCUGGAUGGUGGCAGGGCCUCUGUUCGACAUCAAGGCUGAGCAGGGAGCUGUGGCUGCUGUGCACCUUCCUCACUUUGUGGCCCUCCAAGAGGGGCUUGUGGACAUCUCCCUGUUCCAAGUGGCCCACUUUAAAGAGGAUGGGGUGCUCCUGGAGAAGUCAGUCCAGGUGGAGCCACAUUGCAUAGUCCUGGAAAACCCCAGCUUCUCCCCAAUGGGAGUUCUACUGAAGGUGAUACCUGCUGCCUGGCUCUUCAUCCCCAUCACCUCUACCACAUUGCUCUACUGUCACCUUGAGCCUGAGGAAAUCACCUUCCACCUCUACCUGAUCCCCAAUGACUGUACCAUUCGAAAGGCCAUCGAUGAUGAAGAAGAGAAAUUCCAGUUUGUGCGAAUACACAAGCCACCCCCUCUGGAUCCCCUUUACCUGGGCUCCCGCUAUACUGUGUCUGGUUCAGGGAAGCUAGAAAUCAUCCCCCAGGAACUGGAGCUCUCCUAUCGGAGCCCUGGAGAAUCCCAGCUCUUCUCUGAGAUCUCUGUUGGCCACUUGGGAUCAGGGAUUAGGCUGCAAAUGAAAAACAAGAAAGAUGAGACUGUAGUAUGGGAGGCCUUUCUGAAACCAGGAGACCUCAGACCUGCAACUAGUCGGGUUCCUUCAGUCCCCAAAGAUGCCUCCACCCUGCUGCACUUCGUGGACCGGCAUCGGGAGCAGCUGGUGGUACGAGUGACAUCAGUGGACCCUGUCUUGGACAAGCUGCAUGGACAGGUGCUGAGUGAAGAGCAGUACGAGAAGGUACGGGCUGAGGCCACCAUGCCAGGCAAGAUGCGAAAGUUGUUCAGCUUCAGCCGGUCCUGGGACCGGACCUGCAAAGACCAAUUCUACCAAGCCCUGAAGGAGACCCAUCCUCACCUGAUCAUGGAACUCUUGGAGAAGUGGAUGAGAAACUCAGGGGGAUCCUAACAGCUCAGUACCUGCAGUCUGAGCACUCACCUUUGAGUUCUGGUUCUGCCUGGCCUGUCUUUGGGCCUGUUUCUCCACCUAUAAACAAGUUGCCUCCUCAGUUGCCUUCCAGCUCUGGAGUUAUGGAUGACACCUCUGCUGGUCAUUAUGUGUCCAUGGUCAGGGAUAACUCACAGGCACAGGUGGACUUCUUGGCUUUCACAGGCCUUCUGUCCAAGUGGGAUGACAGCAUCUCAGGAAUGUCUAUGUAGAGCUGGCAAGUCUCCUCCAGGUCUUGCAGUGCCUGAGCUGUGGCCACAGCAGCUAAGCCUUCAGCCCUCCCUGUUCCAUCUAGACAACAGGAUUUGGGGCAGCAUGGGUCUGUUCACUUCUGAGUAGAGGCAAUAGAAAUGGACAUCAGUCCUUGGGGAGUGUAAAUAGCUCAUGAAUAGAAGAGGAAAAAGAGUUAUUUCUCAAUUAUUCUGUCCUGUCAAGCCCAAAACUAGAGCUGCCCCAAAAGUUGUGGGUAGGGAAUUUCUAAAAGGGACUACCCCAAAAUAUACAAAAUGAGGCUUAUUGGGAUUCCAAAGAAAGAAACACUAAAUUUCAAGGUGAUCCAUCAAAAGUAUUCAAUAAGGAGACUCCUUAUAGUGGUAUCAGCAUCCUGCAAAUGGACAGCAGAAAGGAGAUGUUCUACCUAGGUAUGUCCACAAGAGAGGAUUGGCUUAUGGAGUUUAUAUGACUGUUUGUGAAAUUUGGCACACAAGGUUUCUACAUGUUUAGCACCAUGUUAGAUCUUGUAGUGUUUCAACCUAAACAACUUUAUCUGUGCCUAGGUCAAGGUCAUGGCUUGGGUUCUGUCUGUUCUUCAGGGAAACAUGCAGAGGACAGAAUCACAGAGCAGUCAAGGCUGUCUGGGUUUCUAGAUCAAGACAAGGAAAGAAGUGAAAGGGGGGAACUGUGGACCCCCCAAUUGUCCAUGUUGGAUUUGACUUUUCUGUUGGUUCAGAUGUGAGCUUUGUGAUUUGGGAGUCUAGAUGGAUUCCUGGAGCACAGAGAGUGAUGGAGAAGGAGGCUGUGGGGGGGAUGGAGUCUAGGUCUUCACUGUGCAAAGUGACUCCGUGCCCUUACUCCAGGCUUAGGUAAUUGGAACGAGUUUUCUCUCAUUCCUGUUACUACUGAACCUAACUGGGGCUAACUGGGGGUGACAGGAGAUGCAGAAAGGACAAACAAUAGAAGACAGACAUGCAGAAAGUUGGGGCCAGGU